CUGUAGCUCUAUGAAACAAUUUUUGAUAUACCGUUACGUGUAAACGUACCAUAUGAUAUUGUUUCGUAAUUAAAAUGUAAUUUACAAAAUGGAUUAGGUUACUUCCUUACCGAUAAUGAUCUGAACCUGUCUGAACUGAGCGGAAUGUUUCUUACUAGUGGAGGAUGCCAUUUUGAUGCCCAUAGUGCUGAUUAUGGUGGUGUCCGAGUUUGAACGGUAAGCAGUUUGUCUAAUAAUAAUAAUAAUUUCAUAAAGCAAAUGGCUCGAGUGUUAGUUUACGUACGCCCUGUUGAUGCAAUCUUCAUGGAUAUAAAACUGGGCAGCAAAAUACAUCCUUCUGAAUAUGCAAUACGAAUAAAGGAAGAGGCAAUCGAUCCAGAGAUCUGCGAUGAUUUAUCGCCAGUUGAUACGAAUACAGAGAAUGAAAAUGAAACAGCGACGUUUGAAGGUGAAUCUUCGGAUGGCGUUUAUCGUAGAGAUCGAGAAUCCGCGUUUCCUCAAGAAAGUACAUAUUUAGAAAAUAACAAAUCGGAUCCUGAUAAACGAAAAAGUAAACAUAAAGUACCUUCAAACAACAGAAUAAGUUGCAAUGUUUGUUUGUUAACUUUUCAAACUAAACAUUUAUUGGAACUGCAUAAUAAAUUAUAUAGCUGUAAUGUAUUCAAGUGUAAUAAUUGCACUGCUAUCUUCAGUAUGCAUAUUUCGUUGAUACGUCAUUUAAAGAUGCGAUGUUGUACGAAACAAUGGCCUGGAUAUAGAUGUAAUUUUUGUAACCGAAGGUUUUCCUAUAAAAGGCAUGUCCAAUCUCAUUUAUUCCAUAUGCAUGGGAACGCAAUAUUUUCUGGUGAAAGCAAAAUUACGAAAACAUUUUCUGAAUCGUUAGGAAAGUCGAAUCAUUCGGAUGGUAUAGUCAUGGCAGGAUCAAAUACUUCACACAGUCCCUCCCAAGAAAACGUAAAUAGCUCAAUAAAUAUACCUUUGAAACUAUCUAAUAGUUCAAACAAUACACCCACCAAGGGUUCGAGCAGCAAGAUCAAGUCUACGCAUCCGAAAUGGUUAAACGAUUCGUAUGGUACACCUUCGAAAAGGAUGAAACAGACGGUCCUUACAGACUUUAUAUCGCUGUACAAAGACAAACCGAAUGACAAAUGGGUUAGCUCCGAAAAAGUUAUCGAUACGGAGAAUAUUCCUGUUGCUGCGACUAUUAUUCCAACUUCAACGCUCGAGACAUUUAGUAACAUGACAUCAACGGCUUCCGAAGUUAUCCAGAUGUCUACUUCUGUUAGGCGAAUCGAAUCUUCUGUUAGGAAAAGACCAUUUGUUCAAAUUCAUGUGAAUUCCAAAACAAUGAUAUCCUUAUUAAGGAACGAAAUAAAAGCUGAAUCUGAAAGCUCUAAUACCUCGCACAAUAUGUCUUACAACCUUAGGCCAGUAAGAAGAUGUCCUUCUUCUUUAUAUGAUUUUUACGAUUUAUUGGGGUUUGAGACCUUUGGAAAAUCAAGACAAUCUUUCAGAAGAAACAAGUCACCCUAUAUGUUUAACCGAAGUGAAAGAUCUGCACGUGAAGCUAAGUGUAAAGAAUGUGUGGUCCGUUUGGAGAAAUGCGACAAAUUCUUGGAACCUGCUAGUUUUGUGUCAAACGAAGACGAGGACGAAAACGAAAAGGAAAACGAAAAGGAAAACGAAAACGAAAACGAAGACGGUUUCAAACAAACAGUAUCGAAAAAUGUGAAAGAGGAAUUUGAAGGUUUUCGUGAGACAAGCUCGGCAGGUAACUUGCCUUUGGAAGCUGGCACGAUUGCAUCAAAGCGAUUCAAUAAAUUUGUAAAAUCUUUCGUUGAUAGAUUAACCGUACCUCAACAAGAAUCGGUUGAGUUUAAGAAGAACUUUAAGGUCGAUCAGCAGAAAAUAUUUCAAUGUCAUAUUUGUAAAAAAUCGUUUUCUUUGAAAGUGAAUCUGCGCGAGCACAUGAAAUUGUUCCAUGCGAUUUACAUGUCGAGCAUAUGCAACGCGCGUUACACGUCCAUGAAUAAGUUACUAACUCACUAUCUGCGUCAACAUAUUGUGUUUAAACGAAGGGAAUGUUGCGUGUGUUACGAGAAGUUUGACACGUCGGCAUUGUUGAAGCGGCACAUGAUUUUGCAUUGUUUGAAGACCAUAAGAUCAAAAAAGGACGCGCUACCGGUUGAUGUUGAAAUAAAUUGCAACGCAUUCAAGAAACAACACAAAUGCCAAGGUUGUCGCAAACGAUUUUGGCUAUACUCAUGUUUGAAACAACACGAGAACGUAUGUCGUCGAAUGAAAGUCUUAAUACAUAAACAACGUGCACCUCGUGUAAAUCAUUUGUCUCGGUCCUUGAAAGAACCAAGUGACAUGGAACUCGGCACAGUACAGUCACCUGAUUUGGAACAAAUGUUGGAUGUUCCGGGUGAGACGACAAGACCUUUGGAAAAUAAUUCGGCUCCGAGUACGCUUAUUACGGAUGAUAAUACUCUCUCUUCGUCAUUCGAUGCAGAUGCAAAGAACAAAAGGCUAUUUAAUGGGAUUGCAUGCGUAAAGGGUUACCAAGCGGACAAGAUGAGCAGAACAAAGUUUCCUUGUACUACUUGUGGGACACAAUUCAGAACAUUUCAAAAUUUGUGCAUACACGAGCGCACCUAUUGCCGAACAGCCACCGAAAAGUGUAACGUUUGUAAUACGAUGUUUUCCACUAAAAGAUUAUUACAGCUUCACAUGCUUGCUACCCAUACGCCUUCGUGCUCGGUGAACUACAAAUUCUUUUGUAAGUUCUGUAAUCAAGGAUUUGUUAAGAAAUGGAAAGUUCAAAUUCACGAACGGCACUUCCAUAUUAGGCAGAAUCGUAGACGGGUGCUGAAUUCCGAUUGCGUUUUGAAAGAUAAACCAAUCUGUAAUAUAUGCCAUUUGUUAUUCGAAUCCUACGAACGUUUUGUCGAGCAUAACAUGUAUUAUUACAAGGGCAAAGAUUUUUUAUGCGCAAUAUGUGGUAAGUCGUUUCAAGGAAUGUACAAGUUUCAUCAUCACAACAAGUUGAAGCAUUAUCCGGACGAACUAUGGAAAUUGUACCCUUACAAAUGCGAUACUUGUAACGAAGGCUUCAGCUACGAAACACAUUUCCACGCGCAUAAGCUACACGUUCAUUCGCACGAUUCGCCCGCUGACGAAGCGCUCGACCGCGAUACAUCGGAUCAGACUUUUCGCACGUGUUCAUGAUUCUUUGGAUAAAUUAAGAUAAUCAUAAAAUAAAAGCAUAAGGAAUAUUUAAUUCUUUGAUUUAUGGGUCGUUUCACAAUCAAUUUUCACGGUACUGUGCAGAAGAAUCGGCCUAGAACGAUUGAGACGUACAAUAAACACGCCAAGUACACACACACAUACGAAGCAAAUGAUUUUUAAAGCGUUUUUUAAGUCAUGCAUUCGUAUUUUCCAUGAUACGUAUGAAAUGUAUUGAUGUAUUUGUUGAAAUAUGCUUUACAAGUCAAAUCAACGCUUCUGACCUACUACGAACUGCGCUCGAUUCAAAUAUCGAGCACUGAGUGAAGUUUGGGUGUCAGCCUUAGGCGCUUCCUGUUCAUUGUUUGCGGUGGUCUCAGUUUGUUGAACCAGAAGAUGUCAAGCAUCCUAGGCUAGACGACCAGCCAGAAAACGAGUGAUAUAGAUAUUCCAUACUGUCUCUAACUUUAUUUAAUAUACAUCGUUUUGUUCACUUGAGAGAUAAAGAUAUCUAAUCGCGUUAUCGUAUCGUUUACUAAGUGCCGCUUGAAACGGCUUAAUGAAAAUUGUGAUAGAUCUAUAUGCAUUAAAUCGAGUAAUAAGUUUGUCUGCUUUUCUUUGAGCGCAUUAUAUUUAUGUGCUUUUAUAUACGUAUAUAUUUCUGUGUGAGUGCGCGUGUGUAUUUUAUCAAGUACGUUGAUCAUUACCCUAUUUCAUUAUUGUAAAAUUUUUUAUUAAAGGGAGCUUUUCGUUCGGCGUGCGCGUUUGCUGAUCUUCACAUUUUAUAAAUUGUUUUUGGUCAGCGUAAAUGUUUGAAAAACCUAGAAAAUAAAUGAAGCGAGGGUAAGUAAAUGUUGCAAUUUCUUUUCUUAAUUGGUCUGAUAUUGGUCAUUUAUUCCCUAUAAUUAUUCGUUUAAACGUCCGCUCGAUAUAAUAUUUAUAACAUUUCUUACAAAAUGAACAAACCUACUAAUGAAUCUGAUAUUGAGAUUAAAAAAAAAAUUCAUUUUGUUUAUCACACGUGGAAUGAUUAUAUGAUAAGUUUCGUAUUUGACAGACGACUAAUUUAAAUAUGGAUCGUAAUUACAAUUUUCAUUAUGAGAUGAUUUAUUUACUUAUCCAGCUAUCGAUUAAUGACGUCGAAUGAUAAUUGUACGGGAACGAUAAUGCUUUGUAAUGUGCAAUUGAACUAUUACGUUAAAUAUUCAGUAAAUUAAUAUUUCAAUUUCUAUCGCAUCGAAUUCGAUAAUCGAGAAGAAUAUGAGACCAAGAACGAUAUGUAUCGCUACGAAAGCGCGAAUUAAAACUGCCAUAUUAGAAUUUCUAUAAAGAAAUAAGAAAUGAUGUUUAUAUCAAAGAAUAGUUACAGCGCGUAAUCAAAUAAAUUGGUUGUUUAACAGCGGGAAAAUGAACUAUUUUCACGAGCUUUCACCGGUUCUGCCGUACAACGGAACGAACCGUUGAACAAUUAUAAAAGCUAACGUUUGUAUUUUCUAAAAAUUAGAAAGCUGUGGUAAACUUAAUAGAUUGCUCGGGAAAUUUGUAGAUUUGUAGAUUAGUAGUACGAUAUGUACUGUUUUUAAAAGCGUAGAUAUUGUUUAAUAAAUUACAUUUUCCAGAAAA